CAUGCGUACUCAUGACGAACUUUUCAACCAAAUUUCAGAUUUCUAUGGCAAACUGAUAAAUGGGGCAAGUCCAAUUACGGGGGCAUCCCCAAACCAAGAUGGCCGACUUCCUGUUUGUCUUCAAGCGCGGCUUCUUCAGACUUUUUGGCUUAUGGUGAACUUUUCGACCAAAUUUUAGAUUGCUACGGCAAACUGAUAAAUGGGGCAACUGGCCAAUUACGGGGACAUCCCCAAACCAAGAUGGCCGACUUCCUGUCUUUUCCAGCUGAGCUUCUUGAGACUUUUUUUAUCGGUCUGCUCAUGACCGACUGGACUAGCAAAUUCCACGUUGCUAUAUGAAAUUGACUUUUUUGGGGGUGUGGGGGUGGGGCAACUGAUCUUAAAAAACAAACAAACAACCCCCCCCCCCCAAAAAAAAAAUGCAAACAUGACCCAGAACUCCAGGAGAUAUUUUGCCCAUUUUGCCAGUUCAGCAGUGGCCCUGAACAUCAUGACUUUUUUUUUUUUUUUUGUAUGGAGGGAAACUGAGAGUUCACGAUUCCGGAUGCGGGGGUGGAGGUAGAAACGCGCGCACGGGCGGGGAGGAGGGCGUAACAUCCGAAGCAUCUCCCGUCCUCAAAGCCCCGAAGCUCAAAAAGCUCCAGUCGACCGCGUCUCGUCGUCCGAGGAAGAGAAAGUCGCGCCGGGUCGGGAUGGACCGAGUGGAGCGCGUGAUGAAGAUGAUGACGAGGAUGUCGCCGAGGAAGAAGAGGAGGGAGGGAGGAAGAGCAGCGGCGACGGCGGCGGGGGGGCAGCCGCUCGAGAGCCCCGACACCUUCUGCGAUGAGAUGUGGCGCUUCGGCCUCUGCGUCGCUGAUGAUGGACCGUACGGAAAGACGAAGGACGUCUCGGGACCGGAACUCAACUCCGCGUCGAGGAGACACAGCAUAGCAGAAGCCCUGCGGGGUGUGACCCUGGUGGAGUUGGUGAAGAAGGAAGGCAGCACGUUGGGCCUGACCAUCUCAGGGGGGACCGACAAGGACGGCAAGCCGCGGGUUUCGAACCUGCGCCCCGGCGGCCUGGCCGCUCGGAGCGAUCGGCUGAACGUGGGCGACUUCAUCAAGUCGGUGAACGGCAUCAACUUGACCAAACUGCGGCACGACGAAAUCAUCAGCCUGCUCAAGAACGUCGGGGAACGGGUCCUGCUGGAGGUCGAGUACGAGCUCCCGCCCACAGCGCCGGACAGCACGUCCGGAGUGAUCUCCAAGACAAUCGACAUCUGUUUGCACAAAGAAGGGAGCAGCUUCGGCUUCGUGGUGAGAGGCGGCAUCCACGAAGACUGGCACAAGUCCCGCCCCCUGGUGGUCACCUACGUGCGGCCCGGAGGCCCCGCGGACAGGGAGGGUACGCUGCGCCCGGGCGAUCGCCUCCUGACUGUGGACGGCGUGCCGCUGCACAACGCCAGCCACAGCGACGCCCUCGGCGUGUUGGCCCAGUGCGGGCAGGAAGCUCUGUUCCACAUUGAGUACGACGUCACCAUCAUGGACACAAUGACCAAUGCGUCAGGUCCCCUCCUGGUGGAGAUGGCAAAACCUCCGGGGGCCACACUGGGGAUCACGCUGACGUCAGCCAGCCAUCGAAACAAACGGGUCAUUGUCAUCGAGCGGGUCAAGCCAGGAAGUGUGGUGGACAGAUGCGGAGCGUUGCACGCCGGCGACCACCUCCUGUCCAUCGACGGGACGUCCACGGAGCACUGCAGCGUCCUGGAGGCCACGCAGCUGCUGGCCAGCACCACCGAACUGGUCAGGCUGGAGAUGCUCCCCGCGCACCAGACCAGGAUGACUGGGAGCAAACACCACGACACCGUGAAGGUCCAGAAGUCGGACCACCCUCACUCGUGGGACCCGUGCGUCAACUUCUGUCCGCCGCUGGCAAACUCCACUCACUGCAAUGCCGACUCCACCCUGCACAAGUCCUGGACCGCCUCCAACAACAACGUGGUCAACAACAACAAUCUUGACUACUGCAAGUCUCUGGUGUCGGCCAGUUUCUCUCCGGGCUCCGGGAACGCGUCGGCCCCAUGCUGCCAAGGUUCCGCCACGCUCCCAAGGUCCACGGUCCCCAUGAGCCCCCGGAACUCUCUCCUCAAACGCAGACAUCGAAAGAAAGACCACAAAAGCUCCCUUUCGCUUGCGUCCAGUUCAGUGGGUCCGGGCGGUCAGGUGGUCCACGUGGAGACCGGCGAGGUCGUCUUGACGGGCGACCCCCUCAACGGCUUUGGCGUCCAGCUGCAAGGAGGAAUCUUUGCCACCGAAACCCUUUCGGCGCCGCCGCUCGUGCGAUUCAUCGAACCCGACAGCUCGGCCGAGAGGUGCGGACUCCUGCAGGUGGGCGACCGGCUGCUGUCCAUCAACGGCAUCGCUACCGAGGACGGCACCCUGGAGGAGGCCAACCAGCUGCUGCGUGACGCCGCGCUCGCCAACAAAGUCCUCCUGGAGAUCGAGUUCGACGUGGCAGAGUCCGUGGUGCCCAGUAGCGGAACUUUCCAUGUCAAACUACCCAAGAAAAGAGGUGUGGAGCUAGGACUCACCAUUAGCGCCAAUAAGAAGGAGGGAGAGCCUCUGAUCAUCUCGGACAUCAAGAAGGGCAGCAUGGCCCACAGGACGGGAACUCUGGAGCCGGGCGACAAACUCCUGUCCAUCGACAACGUGCGUCUGGAUUCUUGCUCGCGGGAGGAGGCCGAGCAAAUCCUGCAGCAGUGCGAGGAGCUGGUCAAGCUCAAGAUCCGCAAGGACGAGGACAACUCGGACGAGCAGGAGACGUCCGGCAGCAUCAUCUACACGGUGGAGCUGAAGCGCUACGGCGGCCCGCUGGGCAUCACCAUCUCGGGCACGGAGGAGCCCUUCGACCCCAUCACCAUCUCCGGGCUCACCAAGCGGGGCCUGGCCGAGAGGACGGGUGCGAUCCACGUGGGCGACCGCAUCCUGGCCAUCAACAGCGUCAGCCUGAAGGGGAAACCCCUGAGCGAGGCCAUUCACCUCCUGCAGAUGGCCGGCGAGACCGUCACGCUCAAGAUCAAGAAGAUGCUCGACGCCGCAGACGAGCCCAAAGCCAGCGAGGCGGACGACGCCACCGAGAACGAGCUCAGCGACCCCGACGACGACGACGACGACGACGACUUGACCGACCUGACGGACGGACGGCAGACCGGCAAACUGUCGGAACUUUACGUCCCCAGCGUGGACUCCGCCUUGGACUCGUGGGACGGGUCCGGGCUGGACGCCGGAUACUGCAGCCAGGGCACGUACAGCCAACAGGCCUCCACUGGCAUCGCACUCCAUCCUCACGAGUGGCGCAGCGCCAAGCAGCAGCAGCAGCAACAACGCACAGAUACGCCCCCUCCUGGCUGCCGGAAGAACUACCCCUUCAGCGACGGCGGCUUCAGCGAGGACGAGUGGGAAAAACCAUCGAGUUUCCUCGGACAACCGUCGGACGGAAUUCUGGUGGACUCGGACGACAGUUUCUGGUGUCAGGCCCUGGAGGACCUGGAGACCUGCGGCCAAUCGGAACUCCUCAGAGAAAUCGAGGCGUCCAUCAUGACCGGCACGGCCAUCACUUUGGGCGUAGAAGACGUCAACAAGCCCGCGACGGAUCCCGUCCUGAGCCACGGCCGGAAGAGCCCCCUGCGCCGUAACGCCCUCCUCCGCCAGGGGGCGCCCCUGCACGACCACCAAGACGCCCGGCUGCAGGUCCAGUUCCACGCCGACGAGCUGCUCCACUCGGGCCCGCACUUGUUCCAGGACAGCCUGUCCCCGCCCGCGCACCCGGAACCCAAGUCCAAGGCCUCCUUGAGGGUGUCGGAGAGGACCUGGGAGUCCCGCCGCAUCAAGGAGGAGAUGCAAGGGCUCCUGUCGCCGACGCCGCUGGAGCUCCACAAAGUAACGGUGAUAAAAGAUCCCGAAAGCGACGACUUCGGUUUCAGCGUGUCCGACGGCUUCCUGGAAAAGGGCGUUUACGUCAACAUGGUCCGACCCGACGGACCGGCCGACCGAUCGGGCCUCCGUCCCUACGACAGGAUCCUUCAGGUGAACCACGUCAGGACCCGGGACUUCGACUGCUGCCUCGCCGUGCCGCUCAUCACGGAGGCGGGCGACCGGCUGGAACUGGUCAUCAGCCGCAACCCGCUUGACGGCGCCGAGGACAACAACAACAGUCUGGACCGCCCUCCCCUGGACCUGUAGACCGGAUGCACCAGAGAGUCAAUUUGACGCCUUUCCAGCUGACUAACUCCAAGUUGCACCUCCUGGUUCUUUCCUUUCCCCAGGAAACCGAACGGCGCUCAAACCUGCGGCCGGCGUCCUCGCAGCGUUUGCUGACGUCCGCUCGGCUGCUGAACCCGCACAAAGCACGCCGAUAUGUCGGAGGGCCCGGAAGAACUUUGUCACGCCCAAUGCGGCAAAAGAAGAGCCCACACCUUGAUUUUUUUUUUUUUAUUUAUUUUUUUGUGUGUGUGUGGUUUUAACCACCUUAGAGAGACUGCGUGGAAAAAGGUACGAGGAACAAAAAUAUUUGUCAAAAUCACCCCCCCCCCCCGUCUGCCCCCCAUCACAUUUGACGUCCUGUACCUGUCCCAAUACUUUUGUCCAAAUUCCCACCGACUCCCUUUCGGCGCGCCAAUAUUUUGUCGUCUUCUGUCCCAAAACAUAUGCUCGCGUGCCCUCCGUGGGCGUCCCAAUACUUUUUUUUUUUUUUUUAAUUUCGCCCCUAAAUUCAAGUGUGGCGGUUUCCAUGGCAACAAUUGAAUUUCCUCCCCUCCUCUGAGUAAGUGCUUCCUGCCUUUCCAGGCUUUGCUUGACUGUGUGGAAACUUCCGGAAUCGCGCAGUCGCC